AUGACAGAAGAGCCAUUAAAAAGUGGUGACAUUGAGAAGCUGAGACUGGUGAAUGGAAGCUGUCCCUGUGCUGGUACCAUUGAGGUUUAUCAUAGUGGAGAAUGGGGAACAGUGUGCGAUGAUGAGUGGGACAUACAGGAUGCAACAGUGGUCUGUAAACAGCUGGGAUGUGGUUUUGCCUCAACUGCCCUUGAAAAAGCUUAUUUUGGAGCAGGAUCUGGAACCAUCUGGCUAGAUGAUGUUGACUGCAAUGGAACAGAGACUGCCUUGUGGAAAUGCCAUUCAAGUACAUGGGGAGAAUCUGACUGUGAUCAUACAGAGGAUGCUGGAGUAAUCUGUUCAGAAUUUAAACAGCUGCGACUUGUUGAUGGCGGUCAUCGCUGUGAAGGAAGACUAGAGGUAUUUCAUAAUGGGACAUGGGGAACUGUUUGUAACAGUGAUCUGUCAAAGCAUUCUCUCAUUAUGAACAUAGUUUGUAAUGAGUUAACAUGUGGAGAGACUGGUGAAUUGCAUAGUCAACCUAUUUUUGGAAAAGGUCUGAAUUAUAAAUCGAUCGACAAUGUCAACUGCCUAAGGCAUCACAACUCUCUUUGGCAAUGUCCUUCAUCUCCCUGGGUUAGCAAGCCAUGUAGUCCUGAUGAGGAAGUUCAUAUAUCCUGCUCUGGAAAUCAGAAAAUACCUUAUGGGACAGCAAUUCCACUACCAUGCAAAAACAAGUCAUUGGGUCUGGAUUGCACAGGCAAACCACAUUCUACAAUCACACAUGUCCCUGCCAGGCUGCCACCACAAAGUGAUGCACUUUACUUCAUGCAAGUGGGACCUCAUUCUGCACCAAAUCCCCUAAUUACUGUAUCAUGA